AUGAUGAUGAUGACCCAAGAAGAGAUUACAGCGCAGUAUAACAAUGGAUACGAGCAGGACUACUACAUGGCGCAAGAGGAUGAAUGGGACAGGGACCUCUUGUUGGAUCCGGCUUGGGAAAAGCAACAGAGGAAGACGUUUACGGCCUGGUGCAACUCCCACCUGAGGAAAGCGGGGACACAGAUUGAGAACAUCGAGGAGGACUUCAGGAACGGCCUCAAACUCAUGCUACUCCUGGAAGUCAUUUCGGGUGAAAGGCUCCCCAAACCUGACAGAGGGAAGAUGCGCUUCCACAAAAUAGCCAACGUCAACAAAGCUCUAGACUACAUCACCAGCAAAGGCGUGAAACUUGUCUCCAUUGGGGCAGAAGAAAUUGUGGAUGGGAAUGUCAAGAUGACCCUGGGAAUGAUCUGGACCAUCAUCCUCCGCUUCGCCAUUCAGGAUAUCUCAGUUGAAGAAACCUCUGCCAAAGAAGGACUUCUUCUAUGGUGCCAGAGGAAGACUGCCCCCUACAGGAAUGUCAAUGUCCAAAACUUUCACAUCAGCUGGAAAGACGGCCUGGCAUUCUGCGCCCUGAUCCACAGACACCGGCCGGACCUCAUAGACUUCACCAAGCUGAAUAAGGACGAUCCUGUUGGUAACCUGAACCUGGCUUUGGAAAUCGCUGAGAAGCACCUGGAUAUCCCCAAAAUGCUGGAUGCUGAAGACAUUGUCAACACCCCCAAGCCCGACGAGAGAGCUAUCAUGACCUACGUGUCCUGCUUCUACCACGCUUUUGCCGGAGCUGAGCAGGCUGAGACAGCGGCCAAUAGGAUCUGCAAAGUGCUUGGGGUGAACCAGGACAAUGAGAAGCUGAUGGAGGAGUAUGAGAAGCUGGCCAGCGAGCUGCUGGAGUGGAUUCAGCGCACGACCCCCUGGUUGGAGAACCGGACUCCAGAGAAGACCAUGCAGGCCAUGCAGAGGAAGCUGGAGGACUUCCGCGACUACCGCCGCAUGCACAAGCCGCCCAAGGUGCAGGAGAAGUGUCAGCUGGAGAUCAACUUCAACACCCUGCAGACCAAGCUGCGCAUCAGCAACCGGCCCGCCUUCAUGCCCUCUGAGGGCAAAAUGGUAUCGGACAUCACCGGCGCCUGGCAGGGCCUGGAGCAGGCGGAGAAGGGCUACGAGGAGUGGUUGCUGAGCGAGAUCCGGAGGCUCGAGCGCCUCGACCACCUGGCUGAGAAGUUCAGGCAGAAGGCCGCCACCCAUGAGACCUGGGCACUGGGUAAGGAUCAGCAACUGUCACAGAAGGACUACGAGUCUGCGUCGCUGACGCAGCUGCGAGCUUUGCUCAGGAGGCACGAGGCCUUCGAGAGCGACCUGGCAGCCCACCAGGACCGAGUGGAGCAGAUAGCUGCCAUUGCUCAAGAGCUAAAUGAGCUGGACUACCAUGCCGCAGCGGCUAUCAAUGAGCGCUGCCAGACGAUCUGUGACCAGUGGGACCAGCUGGGGACCCUGACCCAGAAGAGGAGGGAGGCUUUGGAGAGGACAGAGAAAUUGCUUGAGACCAUUGAUCAGCUGCACUUGGAGUUUGCCAAGAGGGCGGCGCCAUUUAACAACUGGAUGGAGGGAGCUAUGGAGGACCUGCAGGACAUGUUCAUCGUACACACCAUCGAGGAGAUUCAGAGUCUCAUCUCCGCCCAUGACCAGUUCAAAGCCACACUUCCAGAAGCGGAGACUGAGAGGCAGGCCAUCUUCGGGAUCUACAACGAGGUGCAGAAGAUUGCCCAGAGCUACGGAAUCACCAGCAACCUGUCCAACCCCUACAGCGACAUCACACCCGAGGAGAUUUGCAUCAAGUGGGACAAGGUAAAGAAGCUGGUUCCUCAGAGAGACGGCUCCCUUCAGGAAGAGCUUGCCCGCCAGCACUCCAACGAACGCCUCCGAAGGCAGUUUGCUGCCCAGGCUAACCUCAUCGGACCCUGGAUCCAGACCAGGAUGGAGGAGAUCAGCCACUGCUCCGUGGAGGUGAGCAGCACGCUGGAGGACCAGAUGACGCAGCUUAAGCAGUACGAGCAAGCCAUCAUCAACUACAAGCCUAACAUCGACAAGCUGGAGGAGGACCACCAGCUGAUCCAGGAGUCGCUCAUCUUCGACAACAAGCACACGAACUACACCAUGGAGCAUAUCCGAGUGGGCUGGGAGCUGCUGCUAACCACCGUCGCCCGGACCAUCAACGAGAUCGAGACGCAGAUACUGACCCGCGACGCCAAGGGCAUCAGCCAGACCCAGAUGAAAGAGUUCCGCUCCUCCUUCAGCCACUUCGACCGGAAGAAGAAAGGAGGGAUGGAGACAGAUGACUUCAGAGCCUGCUUGAUCUCCAUGGGCUAUGCUCUGGGGGAGGCGGAGUUUGCGCGCAUCAUGACACUGGUGGACCCCAACCAGACGGGCAUGGUGUCCUUCCAGUCCUUUGUCGACUUCAUGACCCGGGAGACGGGCGACACCGACACGGCCGAUCAGGUCGUGGCCUCCUUCAAGAUCCUGGCCACUGAUAAGCCGUACAUCCUGGUGGAGGAGCUGCGCCGCGAGCUGCCGCCGGACCAGGCCGAGUACUGCAUCAUGAGAAUGCCCCCCUACAACGGGCCCGAUAAGGUGCCGGGAGCGCUGGACUACACGGCCUUCUCCACCGCCCUGUAUGGAGAAAGCGACCUCUAGUGGUCGCCUGUCUCAUGCUGCCUUCUUAAAUCCCCCUUUCCACGACUCGCUUUUUUCUCUCCUCUCCCUGUGAAUCCUGAACUGCAUAAAAAGAAACAACAUGUUAUGCAGUAUGGAUAAUAUAUUAACGUGUGGUACCUCGUAGUCCUUAGUAUUUAAACGCAAUGUUAAAAACGUUAAAAUCCAAAGGGAUCACGUGCUAUAGAAGCACAAAGAUGCAAGAAGAGUUAACCGAAACCUACUCUCAAAUCUCAAAACAUUAAGUAAAUAACUUUAAAGAAAGAACUUGGUGCAGCACACUAAACACCAGAAAUAACAAUUUACGCUCGUGCCUAUGUCGUCAUUUACACAAACCAUGAUAGACUUCGUCCAAAAGGAAAUACACAGGCUGUCCCUGGUAGCGUUCAUUCUGCUCCCGUACUACUCUAAAUUGUGUUUGGGACACUAUGUACCGUAGAAGAAUGAGCCAGAACCGGUCAAUCAAUAGUUAAUGUGUUAAUGUUAAAACGCAUUGUAAAAUUUGAGCAAACUGUUUGUACUUUUCCACAGACUCGAACGUAAAAUAAACCCAGUUAAGAAAUUUAA